AUGGCGAUCGCAGCGGUGCUGGUGGUGGUUCCUCUGGGCUUUCUCUUCCUCCUCUCUGGACUCGUCGUUAAUCUCAUACAGGUUAGAAAUUCGCGAACGAAUGCUAUUAAUGUGAAUAUCCGUGUCUGCAGCAUCUCUCCGCGGUUCGUGCUAGGGUUUCCCUCUCCAUGAUACUAGUUAUAUUUCCAUCAUCUUCCUGUUUAUUUCGCCUUCGAAUAGUCGAGUAUUGCCGCCAUGUAUACUUCGGGCCAUUUGUGGCGGCAAUCUCGACUGGUUAUUUUUAUUUUUCAGUCAGGGCAUUGGCCUUUUCCACGGUGGAAAUUACAUCCUUUCGGGGUUUUCAUCGAACUUGACGAACCUUGGUAUCUUGCUGGUAAUUUUGGUUUCAAUUUCAUUUUUCAUUGUUUUUUUGGAUCCGGUGGUUUAAUUACUUCUGUCUUGGUGAAAAUUAUACGAGGGUUCCGGCAGUGACGUUCGAUUCCUUUCUAUUCAGGCUACCUUCUUCGUCACGGUGAGGCCUUUCUCGAAAAGCAUGUACCGGAAGAUUAAUAGAGUAGUAGCAGAAUUACUGUGGCUACAGCUUGUUUGGAUCUUCGAUUGGUGGGCCGGCGUUCAGGUGUUCCUCUCUCAUCCUUUUGUUCCCCUCGACAAACCUGCACUUCUCCUCCAUUUUGGAUCUUCUCUCAAAAGCCGUGCUGGUGGAAUGGGGAGUGCUUGUAAAGUUGCAAGUGUAGGAAUUGGUUAUGCUUAGAUUCGUGAAGGAAGGAAAGACAUCGAAUAGCAGCUUUGGGGGAUCCCACCAAGUCAUUCCUUCUAUCUUCUGGUUGUCAGGAGUCUCUCUGUAGGAUUCGUGGCUACAAUGUAAGCGGUGUAGCCCCGAGUGUUGUGAUGGAAAGACCGUUAUUCUGUACAAUAAAUUAGUAUGCUCUUCAGUUUCAUGCUAGCUGUUUAUCCUCGUAUAGAUGACGCCAGACUGAACGAUUUAAAACAUGAUAGAUUGUCUCCUCCCCUAUUUUUGUGUACUGACUAACUUAUGUUUCAGAUAAAAAUGUGCUGAAAGGAGCAACAAACUGUCGAGGCAUACGUGCCAUUUUAAAAAUUUGUUCUUAUUACGAGGGCCCGGGCGUUCUUUCCUGUGGCCUAAAUUAUCAAUGCGUUCUUUCUUUAUCACUUGGCUUAUGUAUCAUUUUAUUGUGCCACGAUUUAGGUCUCCUUUUUUUUCUACUUCCUUUGACCAGCUUUGAUUUAAGUAUCCUUUUACUUUCUUUUCAAUUAAAAGUAGAUUGGAAAUGCGGAUUUUACCUGAUGAGUGAGGAUGAAAUUGUAUGUUUAAUUGCAAAAUUGUUGGCCUCGAGUUUUGUUUGGAUCCUUCACGAUGUACCUUACAUUUGGGGUUGCUCCUAGGAAAACAUCCACCAGAUGCUAUUCUAAAAGCCAGGAUGUUUAUACUAUCUACUGCGAGAGAGUGAGGGAGGGUCACACUUCCACUGUUUUGCUUAUUAACAGAAAAUCUACUUAAUUUUGAUUCAGUUUGUUAGCAGCAUCAAAAGGGCUGUGUUUUUAUGGUUUUCUUCCACAGAAAACAAGAAUCCCAUAUUAUUUUUUAAUGAUGAACGAUUUUAUUGUUUUUUAGUGUGAUUUCUUCUGAAUUUUUUUUCACCUUAUUAUUGUUAAUUUUCUGUUUCAGGUUGAAUUUUUUGCCGAUUCUGAAACUUUUCGAUCCAUGGGUGAGAGUAGUUUAUUUGUUAACAAGUUUCAAUCUCUCCAGUCAUAAGUUACAAAUGUUUUUCUCUGAGGUAAACUUAAAUCAGUUUGUGAUAGCUACAUAUGGUUACAUUGACGGUUUUUUUCAGGCAGGGAACAUGCACUUGUCAUUUCAAAUCACAGAAGUGACAUCGAUUGGCUUGUUGGAUGGAUUUUGGCUCAGGUACAGUUUCCAACAAAUGGCUGAGUUUACUUGACUUGUUACGUUUUAUGUAUUAUACAAGAAAUUUGGGUUAAAUAGUUGGUGAGAAGUAUAAACUUUUUAAAUAAAUUCUAUUGUUAGGUCCAUUCUUUGUAUUAAUUAUGACUAAAUUUACUUGCCUCAGCGCUCAGGUUGCCUUGGUAGUGCUCUUGCUGUUAUGAAGAAAUCAUCAAAGUUCCUUCCGGUAGGUUUUUUGUCCUAUACUCAUUAUCUUUUAGUUAUUUUGGUGGGUUGCUAUGCUAUGUUCAUGUCAAUAAGAUUCUGAAGCAUGAGUUCAUUUGUAUUUUGUCUGAUGAUUGAUGACAUUUGAUUUCUCUUUUUUCUUAUCCCUUUAUAGUCUGGCCUAUUAUCUUGUUUUCAUUGUGGCUAGACCGGAACAUCCAGGACACUGGCAUUCACUGGACACGAGAUCACGCUUUUGUUUGAAUGAAUGAUACAUAGCUCAGUCAUGUUUAUUGCUGAGAUCAAGUUCAUUCCUGGCCUUUCUCAGUUUUGAACUUCCAAUAUAUCAAGCUCUUUUUUCAUGUUUCAUCUUAGACAGUUGGUAAGUAUGGCAGCCUGAAUUUUUCUUGAAUUAACUUGGUGCCUGCAUUGAUAGUUAAUGUAUUGACAAUUGGUCGAUGAUAAUUACAUAUAUUAUUUAUGGCAAGAUAAUGCUUGAUGCCAGCAUAUAUGAAGCAAGUAUAAGAUCAAUUGAACUAGUUUUGAUAUAUGUAGUUGACGUUUUCAUGAGGCAUGCAAAAUGACAGAAUAACUUUUUUUUUUAUGCCACUGUGUACUUUUACGAUGAUGCUGAAAAAGUAGUUUUGUGAACUAAUUUGGUACGACUGGUUAAUUUGUGAUCCUGCCAGAGAAUUGUUGAUGUCAAGGUGACUUUGGGCAAAUUAGAGAGCUGGGGAUAUUGACUAGGCGAUUCUUGUCUUUUGAAUGGCUGAAUCUGGGUAUGUGUCUAGUAUUGCUUGCCUGUGUAACCGUUCUCUAUUUGACGAAUUGAGAAGUAGUUGCUGAAGUUUCAGGGUACGGGGGAUCAUGGGGUUAUCCCUUAUGGCUUUCAAACCCGCUAAUGGCCCCUUCCCAAUAGCUCCUUGUUGGCCCUGCGAGUGAGCAGCGAAGUCUCUAAGGUGUCACCAGCCGGUGGCCUCCAAAGUUAUGGAAGGCACAAGGAUCCAACUGUAUAACUUACCGAUGACCUAUAUGGAGAGGCGUGGGUCGACAAGAGCAUAAUUGGGAGUGCUGAUUUGUGGCCUCUUCUAUGCCCAACGAAGGAUCUCCAUUACAGAAAGCAGAGAUCUGAUGAUCAUUAAUUACCUAUAAACAUAGAGGUUUCAUUCAGAAGAUGACUAGAGGCAGAAACCAUAUGAGAAGAUCAGUUGGUGUGCUACAGAGGUUUGUUUUCUUUUUAAGAGAGGAAGAAGAAAAUAAGGUGCGUGGAUAGAAGCUAGAUGUUCUAGCCCGGCAACAGCUUCAGUUUGUCACAACAGUUUUGCUCUUCCUUAUGAAAGUUUUAUUCCUGACCACUUGUGUCUUCGUUCGAUCUCGUUCCUAGUAUCAUUCUGGCGCAACAUCUGAAACCCAAACACUUCCUAUGAAAUAAGAUGAUAGCUCAAUCUACUAACAUGCCGUAAAGAUGAUGUGCCCUUUAACUCGUUUUGGUGACGAGAUCGAUUAGUACGCAUAUGCAUAGGGUUGAUGCUGUCAUAUCCAUCAUCUCCAUCCAAACAUUGUUACAUAUCUGCUCUGAGAUCACACGUUUCCCAUUCACUCGUUUCAUCUCUUUAUGUUCAAGAAUGAUGCUGUAGCCAUUCCCACCUGAGCUUUGGCUCCUCCUCCUUUCAUCGGUCUUGGAUAUACUUCUAUCUCUCAUUACUAUUACUUCUGGUGCGGCAUUUCUGUUGAAAGAGGAUUUCUAUAGAUUGAUGAUUCUUCUCGUCUUUCCUUGGAUAGAGGCAUGUGGCCUUUUCUUAGCGAUGCAUGGGGCUUAAACCUACCAAUCUUAGAGAGACAAAGGCAAUAGUAGAGUCAUCUGACUAUCGUUCGACAUCCCUAGGAGUAUUCAUUUCUACUAUCCACUCUCAUUUACUCGGGUGCUUGGUUGUCAAUUGAAUGCCCGACUACGGUUGGAAUUUCAUAUAUUUUAUAUGAAUGCCGUGUAAAUCAUAUAAAUCACUAUUACUUGAUCCAAUUCUUGCAGAAGGUGCUGGAACAUUGCUAUCAAUGCCAUUUUUUCCCCGGUAAAAAAAAAUCUGUAUUUUGCGUGGCUCUGUUAACUUACCUUGCCCAACUGCGGAAUCGUUUUUUUUUUUUUUGAUCUGCAACCACAGAAUACACAGAACCAUUGUUUUAACAAAACGAGAACACUGUCACUGUGCCCAGGUCAUCGGAUGGUCAAUGUGGUUUACUGAGUACCUCUUUCUCGAGAGAAGCUGGGCCAAGGAUGAAAAAACGUUGAAGGUACGGGUUGAAAUCAUAAGAAUAAUGGACAUUCCUUGAGCAGUGACAUCCUUAGACUCCCAUCUUAUAUCACGCAGUCAGGUCUCGAACGGCUGAAGGACUUCCCUCGGCCAUUUUGGCUGGCUCUUUUUGUAGAGGGAACCAGAUUUACCCAGACUAAGUUGCUAGCAGCACAAGAAUACGCGGCUUCUCAAGGGUUGCCCAUUCCUAGAAACGUUCUGAUUCCUCGUACGAAGGUAAUUCGACAGAAACGUCUUCAUCUACAUGCACUUUUUUUUUUUUCCCAAAAGAAAAGAAAAUUUCCUCUGUUCUCGUGCUUUUUCUACGGCUAGUCUCUCGUGAACAGUCUAACGUGGUUGCUGCAUUUCGCUGCCCUCAGGGUUUUGUAUCAGCUGUAAACAAUAUGCGCUCGUUUGUUCCGGCUAUAUACGACGUUACAGUAGCUGUCCCCAAAACCUCCCCUCCGCCCACCAUGCUCAGAUUGUUGAAGGGCCAAUCAUCAGUGGUGAGGGCUUCAGACUAGAACUCCUUGAAACUCUUCGGAUCAUCGACAAAACCGGGUUCUUUCAGAUUCUGAUUCCCCCCCCCCCCCCCCUCCUCUUCCCCACACACACACUGCAGGUCCACGUUUACCUGAAGCGGCACUCGAUUGAGGAAUUGCCCGAGACGGAAGCUGGAGUGGCCCAGUGGUGCAAGGACGUAUUCGUGGCGAAGGCACGCUCUUGGAUUCUCUUGCCCGGCCAUGAUAUUUUGCUUGAAUCCAUUGCAAGUGGUUUAUAUUCUUCUGCUCACUUGACAGGAUGCUCUGCUUGACGAGCACAACGCCAAGGGGACCUUCCCCAAUGAGGCGCGGGUCCCACUGGGUCGGCCGAAGAAGUCGUUGCUGGUAGGAGGAUGAAGAUGGCUCCUACCGUUGACUAACCUCUUGUUGUUUGCCAUUUUCGGACGUUAAUUUGUCGUUCUUCUCAGGUGGUUCUGUCGUGGUCGAGCCUGCUGAUAGUCGGGGCCUUCUGGUUCCUCAAGUGGUCGGCCCUCCUCACCACCUGGAAGGGGGUGGCCAUCUUGGCGUCGGGCCUGCUUCUGGUCACCGCCCUCAUGCAGGUCUUCAUCCUCUUCUCCCAGGCGGAGCGCUCUAAGCCCGCCAGAGCAGCCGCCGCCGCCGGGCAGAAGACCGAGUAG